AUGAACUAUGCCUCUACACUAGUUGUAUCGAAAUUUCAGAAAAAAGCUGAUGGAUGCAAUACGUGUAGCAGCUUACUCCCCUAUUGUAAGUGAACAAAAAUUUUGUUCUCUCAUGGUGUUUUUUAUUAAAACAAUCUAUAUAUAAAUUUGGUAGUCAAUAUAUUUUAGGUAAUUGAAGGCAAAAAUUAGUUUUAUUAAUAUAUAAUUUAUGUUUUAAAGUACAAGUUGUUUAAAAUUCAACAGAUUUGGCUAAAGAUAUAUUAUACAAACUAUCGCUUAUAUAUCAAAAUAUUUUUUUAUCAAAAUUUUUAUAUUAUAAAAACGUUUUGUUCUUUCAUGGUGCAGAAAAGUUUUUAUCAAAAAUAGGGAUUUUUCCAAUUAUUUUGUUCGCUCACGGAGUGGGAGUUAGAAAUUCUGAAGAACUUGGCUUGCAAUUCUACAUGUUUGGCUGAUGCUUAAUGCUUAAUACUUAAUUAAGAUUGUUGAAAAGCUUCGUAGGCUCAAGGUCGAGCCUCUUUCACCUCUAUAACGCUCCACCUCUGGCUUGCUAGUCCGAGCAUGGCCUCUCACUGUGUUGCUCCUUAAGGGAGAGGGAUUGGACUUGCUGCCCGUAAGUUAAAGGCUCUGGGUCAUCAUGCCGUACGUCGACAGGGACUAAUUUCCAGAAAAUUCGAGAAACGAAUUUUCUGGUCACCUGUUGGCCAAGAUGGAAAUCCAUCUUGAAGAACCACUGGUGUUGCUCGGACACCCCUUUCCAACCUGGAUGUGAAGUAUACGUUCCGCUAAGCCGGAUAUUGCGCUCCACCAAACCAAGUAAACCUGGCCGAAUAGUUAUUACUGAGCGCCAUCCUCCCUCUCUACAAUUUCCCUUUAUCUCCCCCAGCUACAGGUGCCAAAAGGAUAAUGUAUACAUGUCUUGCUGAUACAAGAAGUGAAAGAGAAAUGAUCGCCCAAAAGCUGAUAAAAUCGCUAGACCAAAACUUUGAUGUUUUUCUAGAGAAAGGCUUGGAUCAUAAGCAUAUGAAUUACCAAGAAAGAGUAAAUAGCAUUGAAGAGAAAAUAAGUGAAUUGUACGAAGAAAAACGUAAUAAUAAAUCUGUAGGACUGAGAAGAUAUGAAAAUAAUUUGCAGAGCAGUUCUCUAGUAGAUAAGAGACUUAGGGACUUAGAGCAGAAAAUGAUAGAUCUUGAAUAUGGGUUGAGCUUAAAUGUCGCAGAGCAUUAUGAUAAUUUUGAUACCGCUCAUACAAUUCCAUUAGAGGUAAAUGAGUUUGACCCAGCUGUGGGACUGUAUCAUGACGAUCUUAAUGACCAACUUAUUACUCUUGAAAAAUUAAAGCAUCUGAAUAAUUCACAUGAAGAAUUAAUCAAUAAUUUAUUUGAAGAAUCGAACUUUGAGCAAAAAAUGAUUGCUUUUAAAGAGGAAUGAGAUGAAUUUAAGUUAAAGAGUCACAAAUAAAAAAUGGAGAGUAUGAAUUAGGGUCCUUGUCCCCUAAGGUCAUCCUAGUGAGGGAAGUUCAAACUUUCUGAAGGAUAUUCGCGCUGGAACUGCUUCGGCAGUUCCUUGUGUGCUUGAAUCAAGUUCAAGAAAGGAAGAGAGACUCGUCUAGGUCAUAGGCUACUGUAACGGUUAGACGGUUAGGCCAAUUCCACCUACGUUGUUCAGAGCUGUUAGCCAGUGAUGGAAUUCAGGAAGGAUGGGCUUGGUUUCGUUGGUCCUAAGCUAAGUGGGGGUCAACGGAGAGUUAUCAUAAUCUUAAAUCUUAAAUCUUAAGUUAAAGAUUGAUACCAUCAAUAACCAAUUGAAAAAUAUUCAAGAAAUGCAAGAUGUGUUGUAUAAGAAAAUCAAAGAUCACUAUGAUUCAAUAGCAGAAAUAAAAGAAAAGCUUAGUCUUCUAUAAAAAAAAUUGCUUGCAAAUUGAUAGAGCUAUUUAUUUAAAAAUUGUCAAUUAAUUUGCAUUUUAUUUGUUAGCCUAAUAUAAAAAAUUAUAUCAAUUAUAUGCAAAUAUUUUAAAGCAAUUCAUAGUUAUUUAUGCCUUUUAUAUAACAAUUUUUUACUAGUUCCUGGAGGCAGAUUAAUUAGAAAAAAAUGAAUUUAUCUAUUUCUUGUUCAAUCUCGUAGGGUAGGAUUAAUAAAAUGAAAGAAAAAGAAAAAUCAUUCAAUACUUUAAGCCUAAAUUCUCUUAUAAAUGCAGCAGAAAACAUCUUUAAGGGUUAUCAUUCUUUAAAACACUACCAAUCCCAAACUAAAACAAAUUUAAAUAGCCACCUUAAGCUACUACAAACGAUUCCUCAGCUAAGAAACAAAGCUCAAACUUUCUCGGCCGAAUUAAGUAAAUUAAUGUAA